UUGCUUCGGUUUUCUGAGUAAUACACCAUAUCUCUCACACAAGGAAAUGGCUCUUUCCUCUUUCCAAUUUUACCCUCGUUUUGGCCCGAAAUUACCAGCUUUAACACGUCCCAGAAAUAGUAAAUACUACUGCCCCUCUCCAAAUUUAGAACACUCACAUACACCGAGAUUGCGUGUAUCAGCUAUCCCUCCAUGUUUUCUUCAUCCAAAUUACACCAACGUCUCUGCCAGAUCUAGUGGCCCAUUUCUUCCACCCCAUGGUGUUGCUCCCUCUCAUCAGAUAGACCCAUUUGAUGAUGGCCCACAAGCGAUCGACACCGUUCAUGAUCUCUACUCGGCGAUUGGAAGCCGGAAUACGGGAGAAAUCACCCAUCUGAUAUCUGACGACUGCAAAUGUACUUGCAAUUUCACUCCCUUACGCGGUUUGUACGAGGGGAAAAAGCAUGUUAUUGGCUUCCUUACUGGCCUGAUUGGGUCCAUGGGAGAAUCAAUGGUGAUGAAGGUGGACACGUCAUGCUAUGGAGAAGGUGACACCGUUGGUGUUCUCUGGCACAUGGAGUGGAUGGGAAUUCGUGUUCCCUUUGGGAAAGGCUGCACAUUCCACACGUGCGAGAGCAGGGACGGCAAGAUCCUUAUAAGGGACAUGGAGAUUUUCAUGGAAUCCUUAGUAAAGCUGGGAUUUCUUCAAUUGAGAUUGAUGGGAUUGAUGAUGUUCAUCUUCGGCAAGUGUAUGCGUGUUGCAAUGGGAUACCUGGAGAUGGGAACAACCAUAUGAUUGUUGGUGGACCAUAUCUAGUGGAUAAAAACUUGAUUAGACGGUUGGGAUCAUUUGUUCAGUUUGAUUUAUGUUAUGGCCCAUUCAUGUUGGGGUCCACAGCUUCAUCAAAACCGUUAAUUUACAUGGAUAAUGAUUGAAUUGCUCAGAUCAUUUUAUUGAAGUAAUUUUAAUGA